AUGAGAGAGACAAGGACCCGUGAAGUCUGGACUAACGUCUCUCAUUGCCGAAUCGUCGGCGCCUCUUCUUUCCUGUACAGAGAGCGGAGCGGAGCGGAGCGGAGCGGAGCGGAGCGGAUCCCCUUCCUCUGCUUCACCGCAUCCCGCGUGACCACGCCAUCAAUUUGCUUCCUCUCUCUUGGGUCACUGAAUCCGUUUAUAGUUUUGGGCUCGGAGAUAUCUGUACUGACAAGUAAUGUUUUUGGUCUUUAUGGCUGGGUUCUAACUGCAGCAGUUGUAAUUCACAAGAGCUGCUUAAAGGAAAUGUGGGAUCAUUAUCAAUAUGCUUGCCCUCUUUGCUCGAAGUCAGUCUGUGAUGUGUCUGAGGUUUGGAUCCUUUGCAAUGAUUGUGGAAAGACCUCAGAAGUGCAGUUCCAUGUAGUGGCUCAGAAAUGCCUGAACUGCAAGUCCUAUAAUACUCGUCAAACCAGAGGCUGA